AUGCGACACUUUAUCCAACUUCGAAAUGCAUCUACACAUUAUUAUGAUACUGUAAUUGUUGGUGGUGGAAUGGUUGGAAAUGCAAUGGCAUGUUCACUUGGUUCAAAUCAAUCUUUCAACUCAAAAAGUGUUCUAUUAUUGGAUGCUGGAAACUCACCAAAUUUAUCUAAUUUUUCAAAAGGAAAAGAAUAUUCAAAUCGAGUAGUUGCUACAAGUCCAACAAGUAUUGAUAUUUUCAAAAGUAAGUUUUCUUUAAAUCAAAUUUGAAAAUUAUUCAAUUUUUUUAGAACUUGGAGUUUGGGAAACAAUCGAAAAUCAAAGAGCGAAGAAAGUCAAUCGAUUAUUUGUAAGUUUUUGCAUCACAUUUUUUUAAAAAUCAAAUUCAAAUUGAUAUUUUUGCAGGUUUUUGAUAGUUGUUCUUCAUCGGAAAUCGAAUUCGAAAGAGAAUCAAAUGAUGAAGUUGCUUAUAUUAUUGAAAAUGAUUUGAUAGUCGCUGCACUUUUUGAAAAAUUGCAAAACUUCAAAAAUGUGCAAAUUCGCUCAAAUGCAAAGGUUGCAGAAUGUCGAAUUCCGAACUCUUUGGAAAAUAUGGCAACUUUGAAGUUGGAGAAUGGAGAUGUUAUUGAGACUUCGCUACUGGUUAGUUAUUUUUUAGAAGAAACCUUGGACUAUGACGUGGCACUUUGGACUUUUUUUUGAGAUCUCAACCAUUAAUUUGUAACUCGUGAUUUUUUAUAUAUAAUUAUAGAGGGAUGUUGAGUCAGGAUAUAAAAGUCAGUCUAGUAACAACAAAGAUAAGGAAAAUAAAUUUUUUGUCAGAAAAAAGGAACAAUUUCAAAUCAAAUUAUAAAUCAUAGUAUAGAAUUACUGACAAUGUUAUGAAAUCGCUGAAAUUUUCAGACUUGAAAAAUUAUUGAUUUUGCGAUUUAAAUGUCAAAAGUACAUUGUUCAAAAAGAUUGAAAUAUCCAGAAUCUGAUGUAUUGUGAAAUGAAGGUUUUUCAAUUUUUUUUUGAAACCGAAACAGCUAUCUAAAGCCACAAACAUUGUUCAGAUUGUUGAAAUUAAAACUCAAAAAAUCGAUGAAUAUUUUCAAUCGAGCUCUUCCAAUUUUGACAUUUUAGAAAUACCAAUUUUCUACAUAUAAUUAUUAUUUUCUCUUUUAUGUAUAUUUUCAAGUAAAUCCCUUGUUUUCCUCACAAAAUAAUAUGGAACUGAUUAUAAAAUCUUGGAUUUUUUAUGGAUCAUUUUCAAUAUUACUCAUGUUGUUUUUCAUUAUUCUAUUAGGUUUCAAUUCAAAUUUCAAGUUUCCAUUUUAUCGACUUGUUCAAUGUGACAUGACAAUUGUAAAUAAAUAUAACAAUUUUCCUUUAUAGUAGAUAAAAAUUUUCCAAUUUUUAGAACAUGAUAUGUUAUUUCAACUCGUGGAUAACCCGCCUAGCUCAAUGUCCUGAAACAGGGCAUCUUGUCAGAUUUCUUUAUUAUGAACAUCGAUACGUUCUCGGAAUCUCAUUAUUUUUGAAUCAUUAUUUUUUCCAAGCUCAAAGUAUUAGUAUUCUGAUGUUAUGCAUCUUCAGAUUCAGUUUAUUCAAAUUCAACAACGCUAUUCGUUUUUGGGAGAAAAAUUAUAUUUUCAUAUAUUUGGGAAUUUUAGUCUAUUCAUAUUUGAUAAAUAUUCCGUUUGCUUAUAUUUACCGUCCAUUGAUGUACAAUGAGACUGUGAAAUAUUAUUUUGAAACUGGAAAUACUAUGGAAGAAUUGAAAACAUUUUAUUUCUUCUUUGGAACUUGUACUGCCACAUAUUCAAUAAGUACUGUAGUUUUGGGGUUUUUGACUGUUAACGCUCUGAAAAAGAAUUUCUCCAUGAAUAAGUCUUCGAAUCAAAAUGAUCGUCGAAAAGAUACUUUGAGAAGAAUGACAAUGAUUGUAUUAAUCAAUGCAUUUUCCUAUGUUAUGUUAAUUGUUUGGCAAAUAUUUUUUGGUUUAUUGUUUCCUCUUGAUACACACAACAAAAUGAAUAUGAUGAUGGUUGUUUCGGAUAUUUUAUCUUUUAGUCUACCAUACACUUUGCUGUUUUGCGAUUUGAAUGUCAAAAAUAUACUAUUUAAAAAUAUUCAUAUAUCAAGAAUUGCAUCAGUUAACGUAUCGUAAAAUUAAGAAAUGUCCUCGUCCCUUUUUAUAAUUUCACAGAAAACAAUUCUCUAUUCAAUAAGUUGUUUGAUUUCAUGAACAUUUGAUAUAAAAUUAAUCCUAUAAUUAUAAGUCAUACUUUAUUCAUUCUAGUUUUUCUCCCACUUUUUUUGAGUAUUAAAAUGGAAUUAAUCAUUCGAAUUUGGUUAUUCUAUGGAUCCAUUUCAGUGUUGCUCAUGUUAUUCUUUAUACUUCUACUCGGAUUCAAUUCUAGAUUUAGAUUUCCGUUUUAUCGACUCGUUCAAUGUGAUAUGGCAUUGGUAAAUACAUAAUUAUAAUAAUUUUCUAGAAAAACUUGAUUUUUCCAGAACUUGAUAUGUUAUUUCAAUUCUUGGAUAACCCGUUUAACACUUUGUCCUGAAACUGGUCGUUUUGUUCGGUUUCUUCAUUAUGAACAUCAAUAUGUUCUUAAAAUUGCAAUAUUUUUGAAUCAUUAUUUUUUUCAAGUUCAGAGUAUUAGUAUAAUUGUUUUAUGCAUCUUCAGAUACAGUUUGUUCAAAUUUAAAAAUGUACUGAAUAUUUGGGGAAAGUAUUAUAUGUUCAUAUAUUUGGCAGUUUUAAUUUAUUCAUAUUUGAUAAAUUUGCCAUUUGCAUAUAUUUAUCGGCCUUUAAUUUACAACGAAACUGCCCAAUAUUAUUUUGAAACUGGAAACACUAGGGAAGAAUUGAUAAAACAUAGCUUAUUUUCUGGAAUAUGCAUAAUUACUUUUACUUUAGCUACAUUUAUUUUGGGAAUCCUAACAUUAUUCGAAUUAAAAAAGACUUUCAAGAAUCUAAAUUCUUCAAAUAAAAGUGAUCGAAAAAAAGAAACAAUGAUUCGAAUGACAAUUAUUGUAUUCAUUAAUGGGUUUUCCUAUAUUAUGUUAAUUAUUUGGCAAACCGCAUUCAACGUAUUGAUUCCGAUUUUUGAUAAUCAUGAAAAAAUGAAUAUGAUGAUGGUUGUUUCGGAUAUUUUGACUUUUGGUUUACCGUAUUCUUUAUUAUUUUGUGAUUUGAAUGUCAAAAAUAUUAUUAUGAAAAAGUUGGAUAAAUCAAGAAAUUCAUCAGUUAAUGUUGUUUGGGUUUCGAAGUAAUUUGGAUAGAUUUUUUUAUUUUGCUGUUUUUUCAAAUAAAAGUUUCGUUAUUGUAAAAAUUUAAUAAGAACAUCCAAGAAAAAUUCACAGUUUUCUUUCUUUAAAAAUUUAGCGUAAAAUUUUUUAUUUUGAAAAAACCACGAUUUUGGCCUUUCUUUCAAACAAGAAUGAAAAAAACGUGAAAAUGUCAGACUUUUUAUUUUAUAAGAAAUGUGACACGUCAUAAAUUUUCAGUGUCCCAAAACUCCUCAACUCAAAUUUUCAGAUUGGUGCAGAUGGUGUGAAUUCAAAAGUUCGCCAAUCAUCCGAUGUUAAUUACACAUCUUUUAAUUACAAUCAACACGGACUUGUAGCAAUUCUCGAAAUCGAACCAAUUGACGGGAAAAACGAAACAGCUUGGCAAAGAUUCACCAAACUCGGACCGGUUGCUCUUCUCCCACUUUCCGAUAAUUUAUCCGGUUUAACAUGGUCAACUUCACCCGAAGAAGCUCAACGACUCAAAAAUCUGCCAACAGAUCAAUUUGUUGAUGAAUUGAAUAAAGCGUUGGUGAGUUCUUUUCAAAAUUAUUGAAUUGAUCCGUGGUUUUUUUGCAGUUUUCACAAGAAGAUCAAAUCGCACCAAUAAAUCAAAUUCUUUUUGCUCUCAAUCGAUUAAAUCCUUUACGAAAGGAUACAUUUGGCAGAAAAUCUGAUGGUGCGAUUCCACCACAAGUUAUCAGUGUUCAAGAUAAGACAAGAGCCUCUUUUCCGUUGGCAUUUGGAAAUGCACAUAGGUUAGUUGAACAUUGGGUUUUUCACGGAAGGGGCGUGUAUUACUCAGGCCUGUGCCGGAAAAUCAAAACCCGGAAAACGGAAAGUCGGAAAAUUUCCGGAUUUUUUGAAUCGGAAAAUUCGGAAAAAUUUUUCAAACUCAGAAAUUUCGAUUUUCAGCCUUAAGUUGGCACUAAAACUUUUUUUUUAGCUACAAUUCUUCUAUUCACAGGUAAUUUAGUAACUAUUUGAGACGUUUUACAUUUAAAAAUAGUACAGGGUGCGUAAAAAUUACCCGGACAGAGGUUUAGCGCCAGCCCACGCGAAAAUUGGCGAACAUUUGAUAGAUUGUAUUUUUUAUUUGUUUUAUUAGGAUAUUUCGAAAAGCUGUGCGAAGUUUCAAGUCAAUCGACUAAUUCUGAGCUGGAUUACACAUCCUAGAAACUAGUACAAAUUGUGCUCACUGAUACGCGAUUCGGUAACAGCGUUUUCAGAUGUCAUUUUUUUUAUCAUGGAAGGUUUAUUUGAGUUAUAAAUUGAUUGGGGGCUCAUUAGAGACAUCCUAGAUGCCAAGGACAGAAGUCUACCUGUUCACCAUGACUCACACCCAGCUCUGAUGGUGAUCUUGAAAUUUCGUCCUUGGCUGGAAACUGUCAGUGGUUUUCGAUGUUCUAGGACCCCAAACCAAGAAUAAAAUUUACAUAAACGGAGUCCGUGAAAUCAAAUUGUCAUUAAAAACUGUAUUCAGCUCAGAAAACAAUCAUUCAAAGCUUUCCCAAGUCCUUUUGACCAAACACAGGUCAAAAUUUGAAAAAAUCACAUUCAAAAAGCAAUUUUUUCGAUAUGAUGAGGUGUAUGUAUUGAGAUAGUAUUAGUCAAGUUCGAACCGAAUAGACUAUUCUAUUUUCAAAUGAGGUAGAAAAAGGUUCUGGGGAAACCCUCAAAUCAAUUUUGAAAGGCUAGAUAAGGAUAUUCUGAAAAACUGGGACGAUUUGUCCGAAAAUGACCCGCGUGCAGCGACAGAUGUAGCCUCCGAACGUUUCCACGUUGGCAUUGCUCAGAAAAUCGACCAGAUCAAGGGAGAUCAGUUUUUAUAUUCCAGUUAGGGACCAAAUGAACUAAUUAUCGAGUGAUAUUGAGAAACCUUAUUCUCUUCUGGGAAUAUAACGAUUUUAAAGUUGUCCGGGUAAUUUUUACGCACCCUGUAAAAUUUGAAAAAUUGAAAAAAAAAUUCCAAAAUUUUCAUUUUUUCUAUCAUAAACUUCCCAAAAUUCAAAAUUUUCCAAAAUUCAGGCAAUUUUGAAAAUAUUUACUAAAGAUCAUUUUCCGGAUUUUCCCAGCACAUUUUUCGGAAAACCGGAAAAUUGAUUUUUCCUUGAAAAAAACCGGAAAAUCCGGAAAAUUUCCGGCACAGGUCUGAGUGUAUGAUAAUUUUUUGAACUCUGAAAAUAAAAAUAUUUGAUUUACUAGAAAACACGUGAAAAAAACUACGAAAAAUUAUUUUCAAAAUGUAUCAAAACCAGAUUUUCAAUUAUUUUCAGUUAUAUUUCAACACGAUGUGCUCUGAUUGGCGAUGCUGCUCAUCGAAUGCAUCCAUUGGCUGGACAAGGUGUCAAUCUUGGUUGGAGUGAUGUUCAAAUUUUGGAUGAAGUUUUGACGAAUGCAGUUCGAGAAGGUGCUGAUAUCGGAGGAAUUACAUAUUUGAAAGAUUAUGAUUCCAAGGCACAAAAACACAAUUUGCCAGUUAUGGUAAGUUACAGUUUUAAAAUUAAUAAUUUUUUUCAACAUUUUUAAAAAUUUAGGUAUCUGUUGAUAUUUUGAAUCGUUUAUAUCGAACAGAUGCACCAGCUAUCGUGGCUAUCAGAUCACUGGGUUUAGACACUUUCAAUGCAUUAGGACCUGUUAAAAACUUCCUAAUCAAUUAUUUAUCAGCACAUCGUUAA